UCUUGACUGCCAACCGCUAUCUUGGGAUAUCACUACCGCCAAUGCCUGAUCCAUAGCAUUCGCUCUUUUUUUCUAUGACAAUGGUCUCUGUUACUCGACUGCGGUACUGUAUAAGUAUCUUGGACUGGCGUUCCUUGGAAUCCUUGCUCUGGCUAGCCUUGUGUCUCCUCGCUCCUUGUUGACCAAGUCCAUCAUCACUUGUUGAUCAAGUUCGUUUGUUAUCAUGCCUGACGCUUCAUCUAAGACGUUAUUCUUUUUCUUUCUCUUUCUGGUGCCAGUCCGCGGCGCACCUGCCCCUCAGGCAACAGAUAUCGGCUCCUUUGACUCUUUGCUCCGGGAGAUAUCUUCUUCACUAUUCACAGACACUGCUACUUCUCUCGGUACUUUUACAGAUGCAGCAUCUACUAGCAGCGGAGACUCAGCUUCGGCAACGGAAACUUAUGUGACCCGGGUAUCACUUGUCGGGGGUUCAGAAAUCACCUUGGCACCAGGCGGGGCUACUGGAGAUACGACUGUCUUAGGGUCUUCGACAUAUACCCUUGCUGCUCCGUCAUCUAGUGAUUCCUCGUCAUCCUCUACCAUCAGCGACUCUACUACGUCACCGGACUCGUCUUCGACACAAUCAAGUAGUAUUGACUCCGUUUCCUCGUCCUCAAGUAGCACGUCUUCCACAAGUAGUUCAACGAGCAGCUCUCCAUCACCGACCAGCACGAGCUCCUCAUCCUCUUCCAGCAGUACCAGUACAAAUAAGCCUUCAUCCUCAACCAGUAGCACAUCCUCGUCAUCGUCAAGUGGGACAUCUUCCACUAGUUCAAGUACAACUUCGCCGCCUUCUGAUGCCGGUAUCUCCCUUCGUCCCUUUGAGAUGCCGCCUACUGCUGGUUUCGUCACAGUAUUGCUAGGGCUAUUAUUUGGCGCAUGGAUAUGUUGAGUGAAGUAUUGGGUACUGUGAUGUUAUAUUUAUUUUGGUCGUUAAAUUUAUGUCAAGAGAGCUUGUAAGCUUGUUGUAUUCAUCGUAUAGAAUUAGAUGUCCCUUUUUCGUUCCGUAAA